CAAAUCAAAUUAAAUGUCAGGUUGUAUUUUUGUGUAUCAGUUUGAGUUUGGAAAAUAAAUCAAUAAUCAAAUCACGGUACUUGCAUUAUAUUCCAAUAAAAAUAAUUGAGUUACUCAAUACUUACAAGAUGGCUAAACGUCCGGCUUCAGAAGCUUUUGAAAUGGAAACCCAAAUGCGAAAGACGGAAGGUAAAAAACACUCAUUGGAUUCUGAUGAAGAGGACAGUGGUGCUGAGGAAGAGAAGACUAACGUUCUUCAUGCUGAUGAUAUUGAAGGCGAAGAGGACGGCGAGGGUGGAAUGGAAGGUGAAAUUACGAUUACCCCAUUCAACAUGAAAGAGGAACUUGAAGAAGGCCACUUCGAUAAUCAGGGCCAUUAUCAUUGGAAGAAAGAAAAAGAAAUCAAAGACGGUUGGCUUGAUAACAUUGACUGGGUCAAAGUUAAGGGGAGACCUGAGGAUAAAUAUAAAAUCCACAAAGAUAAUGAAAAUAAAGGUCUUGGUGAUGAGUCUAGCAGUGAAGAUGAGGAGCCAGAAGAAAAGUUUGUAUUGCUGGACAACUACAAGGAAAUCUUGCAACAUAUGAAACCAAGAGAAACUAUUGCUAAAACCCUACAACGGCUUGGUGCAAGCUCAAAAAUAUCAAGUGCCGAGCGCUGGAAGCGGAAAAAAGCUGGCAUUGUUGAUGAGAACAGUAAAAUUGUUACCAGAGUAACAGAACUUGCGAACCAAAUAUUAACCAAAUUGGGUAACAUGGAUAUUUACCAAGAAACAUAUGAAAAGAUCAAUGCUUUUGUUAAUAAACAGGAAAACAAAAAGGAAGAUGCAGACUUGGAUAUGUAUGCUGAUGAUUUUGACCAGAAAGAGAAGAAUGUUCUGGAGAAUACUAAACCUGAAGGUGGUGAAACCAGUGAAGACAAAGAAGAAGAACAACCGGUUGUGAAAUGGGAGUUUAAGUGGAAUCAGAAUGAUGAGGACAUAUCAGGACCACACUCAACUGAACAAAUGCACAAAUGGUCAUCAGAAGGCCACUUCAAAACUGGGGUCUGGGUCAGGAAGCAUGGUGAAGACAGCCAGUUCUACACAUCUAAUAGAAUAGACUUUGAAUUAUAUUUGUAGAUUUUAAGGGGUUAUAGAAUAUGAAAUAAAACAAAGUUCUGUUUUAAACAUA